CAGACGUUAUGGUAUUCCACUCAUUUUAGAAAAAUGACAUGCGUUUCCUGUUAACGCUAGGUACGAGUAAAUAGGCCGUAUUGGAAUCCUCGACCACUAGUAGCGAAGUAGCCGACGCAGCGGAGAGGGGCGACCGUGUUUGUUGUACGCAGGCGCCGCGUACCAUGUGUUUAAAAUCUAGUUAUACAGAAUGUCCAAAAUUAGAAGAAAAGUAACAGUGGAAAAUUCGAAGACUAUAUCGGAUAGUACGUCCCGCAGGCCUAGUGUGUUUGAAAGACUUGGACCAAGCACAGGGAGUAAUGCAGAGACCCAAUGUAGAAAUUGGCUAAAGACUGGUAAUUGUGUUUAUGGAAAUACCUGUCGGUUUACGCAUGGGCCACAGCCACGUGUAAAAGCUUACAGUGGCUCAUACAGAAGGUCACCUGAAAGACCUACUGGUGAUCUACGAGAAAGAAUGAAGAACAAAAGGCAAGAUGUUGAGCAAGAAAGUCAAAAAAGAAAUCCUGAAGAUGCUUCAUCACCUGUUUCAAGGAGAGACUCCUCUCGAAGCAGACACCGUGAUAAAGAAGAUAUUAAAAUAACAAAGGAGCGAACCCCAGAGAGUGAAGAUGAACAAGGAGAAUGGGAAACAAAUAGGGAAGUUGAUUCAGAUAAUGGGGACUAUGAUUAUGAAUUGUCUUUGGAAAUGAAGAGACAGAAAAUUCAGCGAGAGCUUCGGAAGCUGGAACAGGAGAAUUUGGAAAAGAGGGAAGAAAUUGUUAUUAAGAAGGAGGACCAUGUUAACAAGAGCAGAAGCAACUAUUCAAAGAAAUCACCUGAGGUGACUCGAUCUAAAGGAUCGCCUUCUUCAAGGAAGUCUAGUGGCUCACCCAAGUAUAAAACAAGCCCAAAAGUAGCUACUUCAGGCAAGAAAGAGAAAAAGUCAUCAGGCAUGUCUUCUCCUGGAACAGAUCAACCAAGAUCUUCUAAAUCGUCUCAAACUAAAAAAAAAGGUCCACGCACCCCUAGUCCUCCUCCACCAGUUCAGGAAGAAACCCCUAUUGUUAAAAAGCACAAAGAAAAGCAUAAAACUAAAGAAAGAGUGGAUGAAAAACAGAAGGAGUCAAAAGAAAGAGGCAGAGAUACAGAAAAACACAAGGAAAAGAAGGAAAAGAAAAGAGAUCAUUCUCAGAGCUCCCACAAACAGAAGAGGUCCCCAACACCAGAAGAUCAUUCAGGUAGCAAUUCAUCCACAUCCAGAGACUUCACACCCCCGGCAACACGAAGGAAAUCUACAUCCCCAGUGUCAUCAAGACACACUGUUCAAAAAAAUAACUUUUCUCCUGCUCGCAGGUCUCCCACCCCAUUGAGACACCAUCGCACACCUUCACCUUCCAGACAUCACUCUCCCUCAUCCCACUCUGGUUCUUCAGGACAAAGAAACUCCAUGUCACCUCGGCAUAAAAGGUCAUUGUCUCCAUACCAAAGAGAACUUGCUUCGCCAUCUGCAAGAUGUUCUCGCUCUCCUUAUGCAACCAGAACUUCAUCCCCACAGCGUAAAGGGAGCCCUAGUCGCCAUCAUUCCCAAUCAAGAGACAAGGGUAGACAGGACAGAGAGCGGACUCCUCCUUUGCAUGAACGGCGUCAUGACAGAAGAGAAGAAGGCAGACUGAAACGGGAAAAAGAGAACAGAGAUGAUAGAGAUUACGAACCUGAACAGAGUACUUCACGGGAAACACGGGAAGAUAGAGAUACAAGAGAAAGGCGGGAGACACGAGACCGAAGAGAUAUUCGGGAAACCAGAGAGACACGUGAACCUCGGGAUACUAGGGAUUCUCGUGAUCACAGAGACAAAGACACUCGUGAGUCAAGAACAGAAGUGCGCUCCAGUCGUGAAACACAUGAAUACAGAGAAAGAGAGCGGGAACGAGACAGAGAGAGAGGAGAGAUGCACAGAAAAGAAGAAGAAGAGAGGAGUUAUGGGAGGAUUCAUACGAGAGAAGAAGGUAGUCGCUCAGAUGCAAGAAGUGAGGCCAGGAGUGAAACACGAAAUGAUUCAAGAAGUGAAAGAACUGGAAGAGGAAGAGGACGAGGUGCUGAACCAAGUGAAAAAGGAAGUCGAGCAGCCAGAGGAAGUCAGUUUGAGAGCCAUAGCAAUAAUACAAGCUAUCAUGAAAAUUGGGAUUCUCGUAGCAGCCACACAGAGAGAGAUCGAUAUGAAGGUGAUAGGAGAGAACAAACCAGGGACUCAUCUUUUGAUAGAAGAGGUGGGCAUGCAGAACGAGACAGGAGAGAAAACAGAGACAGAGAUCAGAGACCAGCAUCACCAGCAAGACAUCAAGGGCGUAAUGAUGAAGCAGAGAGGGAAGAGAGAAGAGAUGAAAGAAGAGAUGAUAGACGGGAUGAAAGAGCAAGAGACCGAGAGCGUGAAAGAGAGCGGGAGAGAGAGAAAGAACGAGAGAGGGAGAAGGAGAGAGAAAGAGAAAAAGAAAGGGAAAUGGAGCGAGAACGUGCAAGGGAGCGGGAAAGAGAGCGUGAGAGGGAACGAGAGCGAGAACGUGAAAGAGAAAAAGAGAGAGAGAGGGAAAGAGAGCGGGAAAGAGAAGAUAGAGAACGUGAAAGGAAUCGAGAGAGGGAGCGAGAAAGGGAACAACGAGAAAGAGAAAGACAGAGAGAACUGAGAGAAUGGGAAGAGAGGGAGAAGGGAAGAGAAGAUCGUAGAGACAAAAGAGAUGAUCAACGGGAAGAACGUACUACAAGAGAUGUUCAUGAAGAAAGGAAACUAAGGAAGAGACGUCGAGCUGAAAGCAGUCCCAGUCCUCGACCCUCUCCAAAAAGAGCUCGUGAUCAGUCUCCUGAUAGUGAAGGUUAUAACAGUUCAGAGGAAAAAAGUGAGAAGCAUAGAUUGCUUAGCCAAGUUGUCCGUCCACAAGAGUCCAAUCGCUCACCACAGAAGGUCAUAGAGGAGAAAAGUACUCGCUGGAAAGACGAUGAUAGGAAAAUUGAAAGAAAAGACAGAACUAGAUAUGAUGAACCAGAGCAUAGGGAAAGAGGGUUAAAUAGAGUAGAACGUCAAAGAGAUCACAUUCCGGACACAACUUCAGGAACCUCUGAAUCUAAAAGGAGCAAAGAAGUACCAGCUCCUGAACCUGUCAUCCAUCAGCCAGCUGAUGACAGAGAAGUUAUAAGCAAGACCCAUGAUGAAAGCAAAAAAAAGGCUAAGCCUCAGAAAAAAGCUUUGAAAAAGAAUCGGAAAGAUGAGGAAGGUAGUGUAGCAGAAAGAUUUAACCCAGAACCUCCUGCUUCCGAAGAGCCCCUCUUGUCGCCUAGAAAGGUUCAAAAGAAAAAAACCGUGGAGAAGAAAUGCAAGCGUUCCCGUGGAGGAGAGUCUGAUAUCUCUGAGGAAGAAAAUGCUUCUCACCAGCCAAGUAAAAAAAAAAGAGGUCCCAGGACUCCUCCAUUAGAUGUAUCCCCAAAUGUGAAGGGGGAUUUUGUAGCUCAGGUUGUGGAAAAAAAUAACACAGAAGAAGUGGCCCCACAACCUAAGGUCUGUGAUGCUACCUUUAGUGACUGGUCUGAAGACGAUGUCCCUGAUCGCACUGAAAUAGUGUCUCAGCCUGUUGAAAAGAUUGUAGUUGAUACACCAAAGAAGAAGCAGAAAAAAACUGUAACUGAAAAAGUUGAAUCGCCUCCGGUUUUGGCAGCAGCAGCAGAGGAACAGUCUCAACAGCAGACUGCUGUGCAGCCACUGCUUAGCCAACACCAUCGCAAACCACCUGAGAAGAAGCGUAGUAGCAGCCUUGGCAGCAACCAAAGUCGCACUUCAAGUCGCUUGAGGUCUCCAUCAAAUGAAUCUGCACAUCGCAGUGGAGAUGACCAAACUGGCAGAAGGCAGCGAUUACAUAGAAGGUCUCGGGACAGAGAACGUGAAAGGAAUACUGUUGUUGAGCCUCCUGUUGAGAGAAAAUCACGUAUUGAUCAACUGAAGCGGGGAGAACCAAGUCGUAGCACAUCUUCAGAUCGUUUGGAUUCUAGAAGCCAUAGCUCACGAAGAAGCUCUCCGGAGUCUGAGAGACAGGCCCGAUCAAGAGCAGGAUCCUAUGACAGCAGAGAGAGAGCACUGGAAAGAGAGAGGGAAAGAGAUCUGGUAGAUCGUGAAAGAGAACGCAAGGACUUAAGGCAACGAGAUUGGGAUUCUGAAAGCAGAGACUGGUCACGUGGACGAGAGACAAGAAGUAGAGAGCAGAGAGAGAGGGACAGGGAUCAGAGGAGAAGGGACAUAGACUCUGAUAGGGACAGACUUUUGCCUGAAACUCAUGAAAGAGACCGAGAUCGUGAUCGUGAGAAACUCUUAGAACUUGGACUUCAUGCAGAAAUGAAGAGAUCAGAGCUCAAACAAGAGAAAGAAAUAGAACCAUUGCUGCGUGAAGUAGGAUCUGUAGAAGCUGAAAAAGAAGAGAAGAAGACGGAUAGCCCACUUAUUGCUGAAGAGCCUUCUGAAUCUGAAAAACCAGAGAGCAUGCAUGGUGAAGAUGAUGGUAAACCAGAUGAUGUCCAGUCUAUGAUAUCUGGAGGAGAGGAAUAUGAGCCCAUAAGUGAUGAUGAACUUGAUGAAAUUUUGGCUGACAGUGGUGAGAAGAGAGAAGAUCAACCAGAGGAAGAAAAGAUGCCAGACCCUGUAGAUGUAAUUGAUGUUGAUUGGUCUAGCCUAAUGCCCAAACAGCCUAAAGAGCCCAGAGAGGCAGGGGCAGCUUUGUUGAAAUUUACUCCCGGAGCUGUUCUUCUGAGAGCUGGCAUUUCCAAAAGACUUGCAGGCAGUCAACUUUUUUCAAAGGUGAAAGAGGUGUGUUAUGCUGAAAUGGAGGAUCCCAAAGAUGCCGUUGGCCUUUUCACACAUGAACUGGGUGCCUUAAACAUGGCAUCAUUAAAAAGGAAACAAGAGCGAGCUGGCCUUUUGCGCAAUUUGGGACCAUGUUGUAAAGCAUUGUGCUCCAGAAGGGAUAUUGCAAUACGCAAACAACUCUUAAAGAAUGAAAAGGGUACAACAAAGCAAAUUUAUACCAGUCCUCCAGUGGUGGAUAAUGAGUUGCUGCAGCUAAGUCUUCGACUAUUCAGGAAAAAGACGUGUCCAGUAUCUAGUCAAGAAAAGACUGAAAGCAGCUUCCUUUCUCAACCAAAUACCCAGACUGAAGUUUGUGUUUCAUAGGUGAAGCUGAAUCCUAACACCAAGGUGUUACAAAAACAGUUCUGUAGAGACUGGUAAAAUCAGCCUGUGGGACUGGCACAACAAUUAUUACCAUGGUGACACGACCACAGAUUUUUUUCUCCUACUGUACAUCAUUUCAUUGUAAAGACCCUCUUCAGUUGAUAAAUAAAGGAUUUAAAAAAAACACUUGUUCUGUUUAGCAGAAACAUUUGACAUUUAAUUGUGCACCAGUGUUAAACUGAUGCUUGAAUUAUUUUAUUUCCAAGUUACACUAUUACACAUUGUACUGAUGCCGUCAGCUGCUGCAUCUAAAUGUGUUACAUUUGUGAAAAGGUAACAUAAAAGAAAAAUAUUAUUUAGGCCUUAGUAUAGGUACAGGUUAGCAUGUACUUCUGCAGGACAAAAAUGCUUAUUUAAUUUGAACAUUUUUUUAAAAUUAUGACACCAUAUUGCUAAAACUAUUCAUUGCAAAGUGUGUGUGUUUUGUGAAAAAAAAAACACUUCCCUGUGAAUUUUAGCAUUUAUUGUCAAAGCUAUAUUGAAAAAAAAAAAACACACGUGGAACGUUAGUUUGUACUUAAUAGUCAUGGUUCAGACGGUCCUGUUGUAUUUCUUCAAUAAGUUACUUUCUUCAAAUUCAUUUGUCCAUUAUGCAUUAUAUCAGACACAAAUAAGUGGAUGUUUUUUUCUCUAAAAUGUUUACAAUUGCCUAUGUAAAUUGCUGUUUUAUUAAACAAUGUGUGAUUUUUAUUCUGGCUUUUAA